AUGAGCAAAAAGCGCGGCCUGUCGCUGGAGGAGAAGCGGGACAAGGUGCUGGAGGUGUUCCACGAGGCCGGCGAUGUGUUUGUGCUCAAGGACGUCGAAAAGAUUGCAAGCAAGCGGGGUGUCGUGCUGCAGAGCGUGAAAGAGGUGCUGCAGAGCCUGGUGGAUGACGAUCUGGUGCACCAGGAGAGGAUCGGCGCCUCAAACUACUUCUGGUCGUUCCCGGCGGAGGCUUCCACCAAAGUCGUGAAUGACCUCCAAAAAUCCAAGGAGACGCUGACAUCGGUGCGCAAGCGGCGCGCGGAGGCGGCGGCGGCGGUGGAAGGUGCCAAGGCCGGGAAGGAAGACUUGGGGGACCGCGCCGAGCUGAUGCAGGAGGUGAAGCGGCUACAGGCGCUGCUGCAGCAGCAGGCGGCGGACCUGCAGGCCUUCGCGGACAGCGACCCUGAGCUGGUGGCUCAGAUGAGGACAUCCACCCAGGUGGCCAAGGAGGGGGCCAACCGGUGGCUGGACAAUGUGUAUGCCAUGCAGAGCUGGCUCAAGAAGAAAUUUGAGGGCAACGAGGGGGCGGUCAGGACGCUCUUCGAGGAGCACGGUGUCACGGAGAACCUGGAUUACCUGGAAUGA